UGACGUUUCCCUGGUCGGUGGCGGCCGCGGCUCCUUGCGCUUCCAGCGGCGUCUCGCUGGGCGGCCUCGCCCCGGCGGGCUGGGCUGGGCUGGGCUGGGCGCGCUCCGCCCGCGGGCCCCGCGCCGCGCUCCCGAUCCUUCUGAGUYGUUCUUGAAGCCGCCAAAAUGGUUCUGGCAGAUCUUGGAAGAAAAAUAACUUCAGCAUUGCGCUCUCUGAGCAAUGCUACGAUUAUCAAUGAAGAGGUUUUAAAUGCUAUGCUAAAAGAAGUAUGUACAGCAUUACUGGAAGCUGAUGUUAAUAUCAAACUUGUGAAGCAACUCAGAGAAAAUGUCAAGUCUGCAAUUGAUCUUGAAGAAAUGGCAUCUGGCCUUAACAAAAGAAAAAUGAUCCAACAUGCAGUCUUUAAGGAGCUUGUUAAGCUUGUAGAUCCCGGAGUCAAGGCAUGGACACCUACCAAAGGAAAACAGAACAUUAUAAUGUUUGUUGGUUUGCAAGGAAGUGGUAAAACAACAACUUGUUCAAAGUUAGCAUACUUCUAUCAGAGGAAAGGCUGGAAGACUUGUUUAAUAUGUGCAGACACAUACAGAGCAGGUGCUUUUGACCAGUUAAAGCAGAAUGCCACAAAAGCAAGAAUUCCCUUUUAUGGGAGUUACACAGAAAUGGAUCCUGUAAUUAUUGCCUCAGAAGGUGUUGAGAAAUUUAAGAAUGAAAACUUUGAAAUAAUCAUUGUUGAUACAAGUGGACGACACAAACAAGAAGACUCUUUGUUUGAAGAGAUGUUACAAGUUGCUAAUGCCAUACAACCAGAUAACAUUGUUUAUGUGAUGGAUGCUUCCAUUGGCCAAGCUUGUGAAGCUCAAGCUAAAGCUUUCAAAGAUAAAGURGAUGUAGCUUCUGUUAUUGUUACUAAGCUUGAUGGACAUGCAAAAGGAGGUGGAGCUCUUAGUGCAGUUGCUGCCACAAAGAGUCCUAUUAUUUUUAUUGGAACUGGCGAGCACAUAGAUGACUUCGAACCCUUUAAAACACAGCCGUUCAUCAGCAAGCUGCUUGGUAUGGGUGAUAUUGAAGGAUUGAUAGAUAAAGUAAAUGAGUUAAAGCUGGAUGAUAAUGAAGCACUCAUAGAAAAGCUAAAACAUGGUCAAUUUACAUUAAGAGACAUGUAUGAACAAUUCCAAAACAUCAUGAAAAUGGGACCAUUCAGUCAGAUCUUGGGCAUGAUCCCUGGUUUUGGAACUGACUUCAUGAGUAAAGGCAAUGAACAGGAAUCGAUGGCAAGGCUAAAGAAACUGAUGACAAUAAUGGACAGUAUGAAUGAUCAAGAACUUGACAGUACAGAUGGUGCCAAAGUUUUCAGUAAGCAGCCAGGAAGAAUCCAAAGAGUAGCAAGAGGCUCAGGUGUUUCUACCAGAGAUGUUCAGGAGCUUUUGACCCAAUACACUAAGUUUGCACAGAUGGUGAAAAAGAUGGGAGGCAUCAAAGGGCUUUUCAAAGGUGGUGAUAUGUCCAAGAACGUAAACCCAUCUCAGUUGGCCAAACUGAACCAGCAGAUGGCAAAGAUGAUGGAUCCAAGAGUUCUUCAUCAUAUGGUGUGUGAUUUCCUGGGGGAAAAGAUUGCAUCUGUUCUGGGGAUAAGCACACCAAAAUACCAAUAUGCCAUUGAUGAGUAUUACAGAAUGAAGAGAGAGGAGGAAGAGGAGGAACAGGAAAACAAGAUGUCAGAAGAAGCAGAAAGACGGCAUCAGGAACAGCAGAAUAAGGCACAAGCUGAAGCUCCUGUCCAGACAGACCAGCCUGAAGCAACAGCAGGCUCUUCAUUCGUGAAURUAAACUUUGAAAAUGAGGGAGAUUGCCCGUCCAUUGCGGAAAAUAAACAAGAUGUAGUUCCUGUCCCUCCUUAAGUGUAAAGCUUGUAUAAUGUAGGAAAUAAGAACUGACAGGUGUCACAAUCUGCCUAUAAACAGGAAAAAUAGGAUUAUACUUGUUCACUGAAAUACAACUCCUACCAUUCUUAUUGAUCAGGAGAGAGCUAGGCCAUGUCUGUUCAGUCUGUCUGCCUAAUAAAGGCUGAGGCAUUCUGCCAAAUUGGCACUUCAGUUAAAAGGAAAAUUGCACUACAAACAUUUGGUCUAAAAUUGAAUGUGCGAGCUAAUUUUUGUGUCAAGCAAGUAGAAAUGUCUUCUCUUUGAAUUGCUGUAUCUCUAAUACCUGUGGGUUGCAGAGACAGUGCUGUUUCCUACUUCUAAAAAUGUGAUUUGCACGUUGUUUGCAACUCAGCUCUCUAUGAAUAGAUUAAUAGGAAUUAAUAUCCUGUAACGAGUCAUUAUAUUAGAAUCUUAUUCCCCUAUUUAUUGUCACUGUUGUAUGCAUGUGGUUUUUUUUCUGUUGUUAACAGAAGAGAAAAAUACUAGAUUUAAUGUUAUUUAGAUUCAAGGGUCCACUGACUUUUUUUUUUUAAAUUUAAAAUCCCCAACUUUCCAGGAGGCUGUAAGCAUCCUUAAGAACUUACUAACAAGUACCAGCACUCUAUGAGGCUAAUAGUGCUCAGCUGCUCCAUUCAAUGCUAUAGCAAAGUACAGAACUAACAUCAGUGUAGGAUGUUCUCACUCCAAGCCUAAGAAUUAAGAGACCUCUGUGCUUGAAUGCAGCUCUCAAUGGUCCUGGGAAAGAAAAGAAACUAAAGUCUUGCUUUAGAUUAUAUUAAGUGCACUGGACAGUCUUAGGUACUACCAGUCUAGAACUAUGAACUUUUUUGGACAUCGGUUACCMAAGUCCAUGUACUUGAGUAACCUAAACAAUGUGUUUAAUGUUAAAUUACCAGUAAGGGAUGUGCCAUUGCAGAUGGCAGAGAACACAUAAAUAACUAGAAACAACAAAACUGAACUUAGGACUCUUUCCAUCUCUUAAAUAAAUAUAUUGUGUUGUGAUACUGCA